AUGGGGAGCUGCUGCAGUUGUCUGUGCAGAGACAGCAUCCCAGACAACCAUCCCACCAAAUUUAAGGUAACGAACGUGGACGAUGAAGGUAACGAGCUGGGAUCUGGGAUUAUGGAGCUGACACAGACGGAGCUCAUCUUGCACACUCACAAGCGCGAUGCUGUCAGGUGGCCCUACCUCUGCCUGCGCCGCUACGGCUAUGACUCCAACCUCUUCUCCUUCGAGAGCGGCCGUCGCUGCCAGACGGGGCAGGGGAUUUUUGCCUUCAAGUGUUCCAGAGCAGAGGAGAUCUUUAAUCUGCUGCAGGACCUGAUGCAGUGUAACAGUAUCAACGUGGUGGAAGAGCCUGUUGUCAUCACCAGGAACAGUCACCCCACGGAGCGGGAGCUCUCCCGGACCCCCCAGGCACCCAACAGUCUGGGGUACACUGUCCCAGGAUUUCCCAAUGGAUUUCACAGCUUCCCUGGAGAAACCCUAUCAUACUCCGCAGCCCGCCCCCCCUCCGUGAGCAGCCUGAGGCAUUCCUCGGUGGGCGAAGACUCGACUCAUGCCCUUAUUGGGCCCGAUGAGCAGUCCCACACCUACGUCAACACCGCCAAUGGUGAUCAGGAGCUGAGGGGCCGACACUGUAUGCACUCCUUGCCUGAAGUCCACCCUCCUUUCCCCCAUAGGAACCACAGCUGCUCCCUCGAAGACCGCAAUCCCCAGGUCUUUCUGCAGCCAGGGGAGGUUAAGUUCGUGUUAGGUCCCACGUCCGGCUACAGACGCGUCUGUCGGCACCACGGGGAGUGCAGAUCGCACUUCUGCCCCCCCAACAACAACAACGAGUGUGAGGAGGAGUGCCCUUCACCCCAGUGCGUCUAUGAGAACGUCAACGGCUUGCUGCCCCCCAGCACCUCCUCUCUCUGCCGGGGCGGGCGCUUGAAACUCACCCGGGAGGACGCGGGCUUACCGGGCUGCUCCCACCGCAGAACGGCGUUGCUGCACUAUGAGAACUUGCCGUCGCUGCCGCCGGUGUGGGAGUGCCAGCCGCUCCGGCGGGGGGAGGGGGGGGCGCCGCAGCCCGCCCCCCAUGAGGCCCGCCGGAUGGACUCCUACGCCGUCAUUGACCUAAAAAAGACAGCGGCCAUGUCCAGUUUGCAAAGGGCCCUGCCGAGAGAUGAUGGGACUUCGCGGAAAACUCGACAUAACAGCACUGACCUGCCUCUGUGA